AUGGUGGUGGAGCUCAACGUGUACGUGGAGCUGCUGCAGAGAGAGAACUCAGUUCAAGAAACUCGACUGACUGCCACCGAGAGCAAAACAAGUGACCUAGAAACAGACAACGCAGACCUGCAGACCAGACUGAGUAGCAGUGAGGAUGAAAUUCUCAUCAGCAAGUUCAGGAUCGAGACGCUGGAGAGAGAAAAUGCAGAGAGGAAGGUGGCCUUUUACACAGCUCUGACUAAUGACGGAUUUGUUGGACCGUUCAACACAGACACCACACUGAAAUACAGCAAAGUCUUCACCAACAUCGGCGAUGCUUACAAUCCAUCUACAGGUUUCUUCACAGCUCCAGUCAGAGGGGUCUACUACUUCCAGUUCACUAUGAAUGGUAGCCGAGCAGGUUGGAUGGGUGUACAGGUGUUCAAGAACAACCAGAUGAUCAUGUGGAAUUAUGAGCAUAAGGAAGGGUCAGAUCGUGAAUUCAUAACUAACUCUGUUGUCUUGGAGCUGAUGGCAGGAGAUGAAAUCCACCUCGUUCUCCCAUCAGGUUAUUCUCUCUAUGACGAGUCAAGUAACCUCAACACCUUCAGUGGCUCCCUCCUCUUCACACUGUGA